UCCAGCAUGGCUGAGUUCUACUCAAAACAACUGUAGCUAGCUAGUUGAGUAGUGGAAAAAGCAAGCGUAGUUAAGGCCUACUUCAAAGAGAACGUACAUUUGGAGCUAUAACGUUACAAAAAGACCCAAUACGUUUAUAGAUAAACAGACCAUGCCAACUGCGUGCGACUCACUCAUUGAUGACAUCGAGGACAUGGUGUCGGCUCAGGAUCCCACGCCACAGGACCGGCAGUUCGUCAGAAAGAACGUCGUGCCUCGGGCGCGGAGGAGAAACCUGCAGCCAACCAGCGAGGAGCUGCACACCGACAGUAUAAUCCCGGGCACUCAGAAGAUCUGGAUGAGGACGUGGGGGUGCUCUCACAACAACUCUGAUGGCGAGUACAUGGCAGGACAGCUGGCUGCCAGUGGGUACAAGAUGACAGAGGACCCAGCUGAAGCCGACGUAUGGCUGCUCAACAGCUGCACGGUGAAAAACCCCGCUGAGGACCACUUCCGAAACUCCAUCAAGAAAGCUCGCGAACAGGAGAAGGUGGUGGUGGUGGCAGGGUGCGUCCCCCAGGCCCAGCCCAGGAUGGACUACCUGAAAGGACUGAGCAUCAUUGGGGUGCAGCAGAUCGAUCGGGUGGUGGAGGUGGUGGACGAGUCCUUGAAAGGUCACUCGGUGCGCCUGUUGGGUCAGAAGAAGGAUAAUGGAAAACGGCUUGGGGGAGCACGAUUGGAUUUGCCCAAGAUUAGGAAAAACCCACUGAUAGAAAUCAUUUCCAUCAAUACUGGCUGUCUGAAUGCCUGCACAUACUGCAAGACCAAGCACGCUCGUGGGGACCUGGCCAGCUAUCCUAUAGAGGAGCUGGUGGAGAGAGCCAGGCAGUCUUUCCUGGAGGGUGUGUGUGAAAUCUGGCUGACCAGUGAGGACACGGGGGCAUAUGGGCGGGACAUCGGCACGGACCUGCCCACGCUGCUGUGGCAACUGGUGGAGGUGAUUCCAGAUGGAGCCAUGCUGAGGCUGGGAAUGACUAACCCCCCUUACAUCCUGGAGCACCUGGAGGAAAUGGCCAAGAUCCUCAGCCACCCACGGGUGUACUCCUUCCUGCACGUGCCUGUCCAGUCAGCCUCUGACAGCGUGCUGAUGGACAUGAGGAGGGAAUACUGCGCCGCUGACUUCAGGCAUGUCGUUGACUUCCUCAAAGACAGGGUGCCUGGCAUCACCAUCGCCACGGACAUCAUCUGCGGUUUCCCUGGUGAGACGGACGCAGACUUCCAGGAGACGUUGGAGCUGGUGAAAGAGUAUCACUUUCCCAGUCUCUUCAUCAAUCAGUUCUACCCCCGGCCCGGGACCCCUGCUGCGAAGAUGGAGCAGGUCCCCGCAUACAUGAAAAAACAGAGGACGAAGGAGCUCUCCCAGCUGUUCCACUCGUACAACCCCUAUGAUCACAAGGUUGGAGAAAGACAGCACGUGCUGGUGACAGAGGAGUCCUUCGAUGCCCAAUACUAUGUUGCUCACAAUAAAUUCUAUGAGCAGGUCCUGGUCCCCAAAACCCCAGAGUUCAAAGGCAAAAUGAUCGAGGUGGACAUCUACGAGGCGGGGAAGCACUUUAUGAAGGGGCAGCCGGUGGACCCCUCAAAGGCGUUCUGCCCCUCCAUUGCUCGACCCUUGGAACAGGGCCAGGUGUCUGGACUGACAGAGGAAUUUGCAGCUCCUCAUCAGAACGGUGUGUGUGACGGCAUAACCCCACCCACACCGAGUCAACCAUGGAGGCUGCACUGGGAAGCCUUCAAAGUCUGGUGGCUGGGACUGGUCAUACUCGCUGUCAUCGUGGCCUAUGUUGCAGAGAGACUUCAGUGAAAUGGUGACAUGAGGACGUGGAGUACGUAGGAGGCCUGCUGAGGAACGCACAGCUCACAGUUCCCUAAAACGGGAGAGAACGUCAGCCCCAUCUUUGGCACGGGCUCAUAGAUCUCACUGCUUUAUGACUGUUAAAGUCUGUGGGAUAAAAGACCAGUCAAAGAUGCUCUAGUGCAAAGUUUGAGUUUCAGAUAUUUAUUUUUAACAGAAAUGAUGUAGAGAUCAUUAGUAAUGAACAUAUAUUUUUGGUAAUGAUCAUAAUUAGCCCUCCCCACAUUUUGAAGCAUAUUUUGUAUUUGUUUUAAUGAAUUCUCAUAUACAGUAUGUUCUAAGACAUGUUUCAAGAAAGGUUUAGAAAUGUUACCAUUCUACACAGACAGGUGUCAAUCCCAACAGUCUUUAUGUUCAAAUGCAGGUGUCUCAGUGCCAGGACAGAGCCUGCCUUUCUCUUUAUCUGCGUACACAACAAAAAGAAACCUAAAUAAACCAA